ACCGUGUGGUCAGUUAUAAAUAAUUAGCAGAUGAACUUCCGUGUCUGUAAACUCAUUGCUACUUCCGUAUCGUGGGAAGUGCUUUGCCCCGCCGGACUGUCCGUGGCUGUCAGAAACUAAACUCUCACAACAAUGCGUCCCAUUCCCGAGGAGUUAACGACGCUCAUUUCAGACCUAGAAUAUUUCCUCUGUGAUGGAUUGAAAGGAGAAAAUCUAAGCAAAAAGGCAAAGGAUAAGAGGGAAGCCUUCAUCAAACGGAUUAAAGAGGUCAAAUUGGGUUUCCCACAAGAUUUCAAGGACAGAAGUGGAGAUGAUGAAGAUGAAGAUGAGGAGGAAGUUGACAGCAACAAUGAUGCAGGGUCGCUGCUGUCAGAGCGCACAGACAAGGACGAAGACGCUUUCGAAGGUGCCCAGCAGUCCCCACCUGUGGCGGCUCAGGACCUGACGUCUGUUUUUAAAGCGGGAUACCUUGAGAAGCGCAGGAAGGAUCAUAGCUUUUUUGGCACCGAAUGGCAGAAGAGAUGGUGUGCUCUUAAUCAUCACACAUUCUACUACUAUGGCAGUGAGAAAGACAAGCAGCAGAAGGGGGAGUUCAGAAUCGACGGGUACACUGUCAAAAUGAACAGCACUUUACGGAGAGACUCAAAGAAAGACUGUUGCUUUGAAAUUACGGCUCCAGACAAGCGAGUCUAUCAGUUUUGUGCGUCAUCGGUGAAAGAGGCGGAGGAGUGGGUGAAACAGAUAGACUUUGUUUUGAGAGAUAUGACAGGCAUCAUCCCAGAAGAUGAAGAGGAGGAACAGGAACUGUACGAUGAUGUUGGAAAUAUAGAAGAGACAGCCAACUCUGUGCCGAUCGACGAAGAAAUCUAUGAAGUGCUCCCAGAGGAUGACAUGCCCACUCCAGCAAAGCCUCCUCCAAAAGUGGAACCAGCCAGCAAACCUGCUCCUCCUGCUGCUUCAGUUAAUAAGAGUACAGAUAAGAGCACAGACUACCCCAACUUCUACCAGGGCUUAUGGGACUGUACAGGGGACCACUCAGAUGAGUUGUCCUUCAACCGUGGAGAUGCCAUCUAUAUCCUGAGCAAGGAGUACCAGAACUAUGGCUGGUGGGUCGGAGAGAAGAAUGGAAUUGUAGGAAUCGUCCCCAAAGAUUUCCUGAUGGAGCUUUACGCUAUAUAAAUACACCCCAUGAUCAUUCCGUCACAUAUCCACAAGAGACUGAUGACUGGAUGAAACUAUUUUCAUGUGACUGAAAUACAUAUUUGCCAGUAUAUUUUUUAUAUUAUCUGCAUGUUGCACUGCUUGUUCAUAUUUAUAUCCUAGCCAAGAUGGAUAUAGUUUUUCCACACCAUUUCAUGCACUGCUUUUGAUAAAUUUGGUAAUUGCAAAUGGCAAGAUUAAAAAAGAUUUAAACAUA